CCUGGCAGGGCCGGCACGGAGCACGUAGAGUCCAACGUGACCGCGGCGCGCAAGCCCCGCAGCUGCCGCCCCCCGCUCUGGGCACGCUUCCCUUCCCUUUCCCUUUCCCUUUUUUUUUUUUUUUGCCUUCCCUGCCCAACCCUGUCAGCCAAACCGAUCAAGCCAGCCAGGCAAGUUGGCCGCCCCCCCCCUCCACUCCCCACUCCCCAGCCGCAGCCGCCGCGGCAUCAACCGGCAGCAAAAGCGCUCCGGAAGGAUCUGAGCAGAUCUUCUUCCCGCAGGCCUGAGUGUGUGUGUGAGAGUGUGAGAGUGUGUGUGCGUGUGUGGUUGUGGUUGUGCGCGUGCUGGGGGUGGGGGGUGGGGGUGCUCCCGCUAUGGCUUCGGAGCUCCCCGCUGCCGCCGAGGCGCUCGCCCAGCAAAGCGCGCCGCGCAAGGACGCCGCUGCAGCCUCUGUUUUCUAACCGGACUCGGCUUUACUGCUGGCUGGGGGUGGGGGGUGGUGGUGGUGGCGGCUCUUCCUCUUCUCUUCUCUUCCCAAGCGGCGACCGGGCCGUGGCCGAGCCGGCGAGCGAGCGUGGUUCAGCUCCUUCCCUCCAUUUGCCCCCCUCCCUCCCUUCCCUUUCCCUUCCCCUUCCCCUUCCCAGUCCCUCCGGGUCCCCUUCGCCUGGAUAUGUGGCUGCUUCCCCCAAGAUGGAUUUAGCCUACGGGGUCGUGUGGCUGCUCACCGUGCUGCUGGAGGGCAUCUCCGGACAAGGCGUCUACGCCCCACCCACAGUGAGGAUUAUCCAUUCGGGCCUCGCCUGUAACAUUGAAGAGGAGCGGUAUUCAGAAAGAGUGUACACCAUCCGUGAAGGGGAGACCCUGGAGCUGACGUGUUUGGUUACAGGCCAUCCCCGGCCACAGAUCAGGUGGACAAAAACAGCAGGAAGUGCCUCUGACCGGUUUCAAGACUCAAGUGUUUUUAAUGAGACCCUGAGGAUCACAAAUAUACAGCGACAUCAAGGAGGGCGUUACUAUUGCAAAGCUGAAAACGGCUUGGGCUCACCAGCAAUCAAGUCAAUAAGGGUAGACGUAUACUAUUUGGAUGAUCCAAUUGUGACAGUCCACCAGAGCAUAGGUGAAGCAAAAGAACAGUUUUACUACGAGAGAACUGUGUUUCUUAGGUGUGUAGCCAAUUCCAACCCUCCUGUUCGGUACAGUUGGAGACGAGGGCAAGAGGUGCUAUUACAAGGAUCCGACAAAGGUGUUGAAAUUUAUGAGCCCUUCUUUACGCAGGGUGAAACCAAGAUUCUGAAGUUGAAGAAUCUUCGACCUCAGGACUACGCCAAUUACAGCUGCAUUGCAUCAGUCAGGAACGUCUGCAAUAUUUCUGACAAAAUGGUGUCAUUCCGUCUUUCCAACAAAACAGCCUCUCCUUCAAUCAAGCUAUUGGUGGAUGAUCCCAUUGUGGUGAACCCUGGAGAAGCCAUCACUUUGGUUUGUGUCACAACAGGUGGUGAGCCACUCCCAACCCUAACCUGGGUAAGAUCUAUUGGUACCUUACCUGAGAAGAUAAUACUGAAAGGUGGAACGCUGACCAUCCCUGCUAUCAAUUCUGAUGAUGCUGGCACCUAUAGCUGCAUUGCCAACAACAAUGUGGGGAAUCCAGCAAAGAAGUCCACCAACAUCAUUGUCCGAGCCUUGAAGAAAGGACGGUUCUGGAUCACGCCUGACCCAUAUCAUAAAGAUGACAACAUUCAGAUAGGGAGAGAGGUCAAGAUCUCGUGUCAAGUGGAAGCGAUUCCCUCUGAAGAGCUCAUGUUCAGUUGGUUUAAAAAUGGCCGACCACUGCGCAGCUCUGAAAGGAUGGUGAUUACUCAAACAGAUCCUGAUGUCUCUCCGGGAACCACCAAUUUGGACAUCAUCGAUUUGAAAUUCACGGAUUUUGGGACGUACACAUGUGUUGCAGCUCUGAAAGGUGGUGGCAUCUCAGAUAUCAGCAUCGACGUCAACAUUUCCAGCAGCACAGUUCCACCCAAUCUGACUGUUCCACAAGAAAAGUCACCCUUGGUCACCAGAGAAGGAGAUACCAUUGAACUGCAGUGCCAGGUGACCGGGAAACCCAAGCCUAUCAUCCUCUGGUCCAGGGCAGACAAGGAAGUUCCCAUGCCAGAUGGGACAAUGCAGAUGGAGAGCUAUGAUGGGAUCCUGAGGAUUGUCAAUGUCUCAAGGGAGAUGACAGGGACCUACAGGUGUCAAACCAGUCAGUACAAUGGAUUUAACGUCAAGCCAAGGGAAGCAUUGGUACAGCUGAUCGUACAGUACCCACCUGCUGUUGAGCCAACGUUCCUUGAGAUUCGACAAGGCCAAGGCCGAAGUGUGACCAUGAGCUGCCGGGUGCUGAGGGCUUACCCAACUCGGGUUUUGACCUUUGAGUGGCGAUUGGGCAGCAAGCUUCUUCGGACGGGAAGAUUUGAUGCUCAAGACUCCACAGAAUAUAUAAUCAGGAGCCUAUCAAGGGAUAGUUAUGGAAAUUACAGUUGCAACAUCAUCAAUGAGGCAGGGGCUGGCCGCUGCAGCUUUCUCGUGACAGGCAAAGCAUAUGCUCCAGAAUUCUACUAUGACACCUACAAUCCAUUGUGGCAGAACCGAGCCCGUGUGUAUGCCUACAGCCUGGAAUGGACCCAGAUGAAUCCUGAUGCUGUGGACCGCAUCCUCACCUAUCAUCUGGGGAUCCGGCAGGCUGGACAGCAACGCUGGUGGGAACAGGAAAUUACUGUGAAUGGGAAGAUCCAGAAAGGAGAAUUAAUAACCUACAACUUGACAGAACUCAUCAAGCCUGAGGCUUAUGAAGUUCGCCUGACACCAGUCACUAUUUUCGGAGAUGGAGAUGCAACCAUUCGUGUAAUCAAGUACAGUGCUCCAAUGAAUCCACAUUUACGAGAAUUCCACUGUGGCUUCGAAGAUGGCAACAUUUGUUUAUUCACCCAAGAUGAAAAGGACAACUUUGAUUGGACAAGACAAAACAUUGUCCUUCGAGACACAAAAUACACCCCAAACACUGGACCCAAUGCUGACCGGUCAGGUUCCAAGGAAGGAUUUUUCAUGUACAUCGAAGCAUCCAGUCCUAGAAAAGAAGGUGAUAGAGCAAGACUCAUUAGCCCAGUUUUUAGCAUUCCUCCCAAAAACCCAUAUGGAACCACGAAUACUGCGUAUUGCUUCAGUUUUUAUUACAACAUGUAUGGCCAACACAUAGGCACAUUAAAUGUUUAUUUGCGGUUAAAAAGUCAGACUUCAUCAGAAAAUCCAUUCUGGUCUACAAGUGGGAACAAAGGACAACAUUGGUUUCAAGCUCGUGUAAAUAUACAUCCAAAUUCAUCAUUUCAGAUUGUUUUGGAAGGCAUCCGUGGCCGAGGCAUUGAAGGAGACAUUGCUAUCGAUGAUAUCUCAAUUGUGGAAGGAGAAUGCACAAAAUCGGAUUAUGUAAACAACCAUAUACCUUCAGAAGCAGUCAGGACACUGCCCCAUAUACGGAGUUUCCCCGUUUUUCUUCUUGUGUCUGUCUUAAUUCAUCAGAGGUGACCUUAUUCCGGCAGAGGCUACAACACAGAUGUACCACCCACUGGCAUGAAGAAAAGGGAACAUUUUUAAAACAAACAAACAAACAAAAAACUACCAAAGAUUCCUCCACUGACUGAUGACUGACUCAAAUAAAGAUUUUUUUAAAAAAGUAUGCAUAUAUAUAUAUAUAUAUAUAUAUAUAUAUAUAUAUAUAUAUAUGCGCACCUUGGGGGUUUAAUAAAAAAACAAAAGGAAUGAACAAACAAGCAACUGCAGGUAAAUAAAUGUACCAUUCUGGACGUGAAGGAGAGAGGCCUUCAGGUGCUCUUGUGCUGAAGGAGUAACAAACGAACAACAGGAGAAUCAAAUGACACCAACACACACACACACACACACCUACCCCCACACACCCCAACCAUUAAUUGGGAGAACUCUUGUCAAAAGAGCUAUAGAAUUUCUUGUCAAAGCACAAAGUCAUGGCUUGUUUUGUUUCAAAGACUAGUUUGCUUGUUGCCAUGGAACCUUAACGGCCUGCCCCAAAAGAGAUUUCAUAAAAGAAGAGAGCAAGAGCGAGCACGGAGGAGAGAGAAAAAAAAUCCCUUCACCUCACUGUCAAACAGGGUAUGAGAGGAGCUGGCAUUUCCCCCACCUUCACCUUCCACACUAGGUUUUUUUAAGCGUCGAGUUCAAUCCAGCGGCAGGCAGGAAGCAACCCAAGGCACCGGAGUGGUUGAAGACAUUCUGCUGAAGUUCCUCAUGGCAAUUGCUAGAAACUAUACGUGGUCUCUGCUUUGCAUGUGUUCUGCUAAGUUCAGGACAUAUUUAUGGUGACAAGAGCAACGCUGGCUAGUCUAGAGUUUGCUUGCGUGGCCACUUAAGCAUACCUGACACUCUCCCCUGUGGUCUUCUGAACCCCAGCCCACUUGCCCUGGCCCUGCUCCUCCCACAUCCCACUCCCAGUGAACAUCGUUUGUCCUCAUCCGGGGACAAAAAAACCAAACUACCAUCUUUUUUCUAAAAUGCCAUGGAAACCAAGUGCCUUCAAUGAUAACAAGCCUGAGAAAAUGGGGUAGGGGGAACAUACACACACAUGUGCACAUGCAAAAAAAAAAAAUUGUUCCAGCAGACAGAUGCUUGUAUAGCUCCAGUGAGGUUUGCAGUUCCAUAAAAGAAAAAUCAUCCUCUUUUUUUCUAAAGCAAAGUAGUAGAGCAAAGCUACCAACAGAGGAAGAACUUAAAGACACAGGAAAGCUACUUCUAGAGAUGGAUUGACUUGAACAAACGGCAUCAAGUCCUUCUGAGUUUCAGCUCUUUCAUCACAAAGCUGUCGCCAGAGUUAUGGCUCUUGGGUCAUCUGAUGCAGAGGAAGUGGCUUCAGUUGCAACUUGGGAAAUGGAUCGGUCUGUAUUUUUCAAGUUUCAAAGGGGGGUACAUUCGUGCCAGAAGGAGAAGGAGGAGGAGAAGGAGGCAACAAUACUUGGCAAUGGUGAAUUUCAAUGCAGAAACACCGGCGUGCAUGUGCGCACAGUUUUUCCAUAGUCCGACCUCUGCUCAAAACGAGAUUGAUCAAGAAAGGUCACAGCGCAUAUAGGAAAAGUUAAAAAAAAAAAAGGAGAGACUCUUUACGGCAAAAGGCAGGCCAGCUGAUCUGGUUUCAUUUCCAAUCACGGAGAAGAUAAGGCCUCUGCCCUUUCAUCAGACUCUGUGCAAAUUGUGAAAUAUUAUUUUAUUAUUUUAGCAAAAUUUAAAAAAAAAAUCACUUUUACAAAAAAAAAUAAAUAAAUAAAACCUGUAAAAAAUAUUUUCAGCUACCUGGCUCCAUCCCAUACCUAUCUCUUUAGCCAAUUUUCCAAUACACUGUAAAUUUCCCUUUCUAUGAGUUGGUAAUGAAAAUUUGAAAAUCUUUUUUCCGUAAAUUAUCUCAGCUUUUAACUUCAUUAAAAAAAAGAGAGAAUUUUGUCUAAGCAAGAGUUAUUAUUAUAAUUAUUAUGGUUAUUAUAUGUUCUUUCAAUACCCUAGGAUGAAAAAAGGGGAAAAAAACUUAUAUGCAAAUAAUUCGGAUAUUAAAAGAAAACAAAAGUAUAACAUUUGAAGAAUAUUAAUAUUAAAAAAGCACAAAGAAAUGCAGUAAAAAUGAUGAGGCUUGGUUUUUUUAAAAAAAAAUCUGUAGAAAAAAAGUUUGUGCUGAUGAUUCAGUAAUUCAACUGAAAAAAGAUAAUUUUACAACUAUGUUCAAUAAAGCUUAUUUCCAGGUAAGGCA